AUGAGGACUGAUAUUUUUAAGGCACAGGCCCGGCAGAAGAAAUGGUAUGACCAGAAGCAUAUGAAACCUCCAGAACCUGAAGAUGGGGAUAAGGUGAUGAUGGACCGACGUAAUAUGGUUGCCAAUCGACCCUCAAGCAAGCUUGACUACAAGAAACUGUGUCUCUUUGAGGUUGAUGAGAAACUUGUUGUUGCGUUCUACAGGCUGAAGCUUCCCUCUCAAUGGAACAUUCAUGAUGACUUCCAAAUAUUUCUGCUGGAGUCCUAUCGGGGACUGAAAUACCCUCGACGCACUGAAGUCCCUCCUACUCCAGAUGAGGUCGAAGGAGAAUACAGUCACGUUCUCCGAGAAAUAGCUAAUAGUCGAUGGCAACAUGCUAGGCAUUCGAAAAUGUUUGUAGAGUAUCGCAUUGUUUGGGAGGGCUAUCGUUCGGAAGACUCCUGGGAACCAUAUGAAAUUCUGCAAGGAAGAGCCGAUGAGGCCCUGAAAGUAUUUCAUCAAAAAUACCCGCAAAAACCUCGGAAAAUACGGGGAAACUUUAGGGAUCCUCAAAACACGGCGUGA